UCCAGACAAAACAAUCACAAAGUAAUCCAUCAUUCUGUAAACAAUUUCUUCAGUGCGUUGUACACACGGACUCAACUAAGUUAACUCAACAGUCUUCUAUUAAGUCACACAGUAAGAAGAAAUUAAUUAACGUAUGCCUUAACCAUAAAAUUGUAGGGUUUUUUUUUUCCAAUGGUUUUGCCGCCUAGCGUUUAUUCAUAGUCAUACUAUCCCCUAUACUAAAACUAGGCAAUCCUCCGAAGUCCGGUCCCAAAUUUCGUAUGAAAAAAAUGGCAAUGCACUUCAAUGCACAGUGUGUAUUGUUAGAAAACAGCAGAAAUGUCAGUCAUUGCUUUUGCAAAUAACUGUCAAUUUACAAACCAGUCAGUAAAUACUAAAUGUUGUAAUUGGCGCAUAGUAUUUCAUUUGCAAAUAGCAGCCGAAAACGUUCUGCUUGUGACUGUUGCGCCACUGAAAGGCCUCCAAGUACCUGGCAAACAGAUCACUACUAGCAGGCCUACCACUCUGAUAGCCGAGUUUACAUUUUGCUUGCAUCUAAAGUCCUUCAAUAGUUUAUGUGUGAAUGUCCUGGUCUAAUGGAUCAACAAAUUCACACGAGUGCACAAUGACAGCGUGAGCAUACAUCCCAUUGUUGAGCUGACCGACAUUUUGAUAUCCUCGCUAAGCGUCUGUGAUGAUAGUUGUCUAAAACUAUAUAUUUUAUUAUAUAUGUUUCAAAUCAUAGUAAAUCAUACUCAUUUAAAUUAUCCACACAGUGAGUAGAUAAAGAUAAGUAUGAUUUCAGUAUAGUAGGUAGUUUGGUAAGAUCCGGGAAGUGCCGAAAACCGGGUAUCGUGAUUUCGUUGUCAAAAUGGCGACCUCCACUUUUUAAUUUACCGAGAGUCACAUUGUUUACGACUUUUUAACUAUAUAUUGCCCAGCAUGUUAAUUCUAUUUCCGCCCACAACUUAGAGUAGACAUGUUGUGUUAUGAUUAGACACUUGAGUCCCCCAAAAAAUUUUGGGGCUUUACUUAGAAAAUUGAAGGUAAAAUAACGCAAUUUUUACUCAUUCAUAUUUUUUUUGUGGAAAGGAUCCUUUCUUUGAAUUUCAGGGACUUUAUAAAUAAUGGCAUUAACUACAACAUAUCCAAGACAUGCUAAUUUAGGCCCAUCAGUUUGGUCAGAAAUUUACUCGGAAAUUUUAAUCACGUGUGUCCCAAAAUUACCUAUUAUCGUUAAUAUUUGUUGCUAUGGUAAAUAACCUGAUUUAUUCUGGAAAUCAAGCCUAUUACCUCCUAAUAAGUCAUUUAAAAAUAAAAAUAAAAUAAUUAAUAAAACAAAAACAUAUUUUUAAUAUGAUUUGAUGCUUUUAUUGAGGGAUAUUAGGUUAAAAAAGCCUAAUUAAUUACAAUUAAUAGUUAACUAUUAGUUUUAUAUACUGUUAUAUGUAUACUAUUAACUAUAUAUAAUAUAUAUGUAUGUAUGUAUAUAUAGAGGCCUAGAAUAGUAUUCCUAUUAUAAGUGUAUGCCUAUCUCCCCCCCCCCAAUUAUUUGUAGGACCCAUUAUUCAUAUGUAAUGAUUUAUACGUGGGGUUACAUAAUUAGACUUUAUUGCGCUACUGUAGUUUUAUUUAUUUACUAUUGAGAUAUUGUAUUGUACGAUUUUGAGACCAGAUUGUACGAUUUUAGGGGUUGGAGGGUAAACAGGUCUGUUAUUCAUAUGUAAUGAUUUAUAUGGUGAUUCUUAAGGCAUAAAUUAAUUAAAAAUGUACAAAAAAUAUUCACUUACCUUUGGUAUUGAAAUAUCCUAUAUUUAAUCACAUAUCACACUAUUCCAAAAGAGAAUUAUUUUAUAAUCCUCAGUAUUCUCAAAGAAAAAACACACUUUCUGCCACAAUAAUCCAAGAAUUACAUGAGAUAUUACUAAAAUUUAAUAAUAAAACAUUGUAAUUACCUCAAGCAAAUAACUAGAGCUUCUUUAAAAUUCUAUCAACAGCCAAAGUUGAUUCUAACAAUAAAUGUUGAUCUGUGAAACAACUUUACUAACUUAAACUACAUGACUUACUAUUUUUGUCAUAUUCACACAUUCAUAUGGUAUGGGACUAAAAUACAUUAUAUAGAAAAUGGUAAAAUAAAAAGUGUAAUAGUCAAUUUUAAUUUAUUGAAACAAAUAAUCUCUUUAUUAUUAGUAUAUACUUAUAAAUUUUAAACAUUUCCACAGAAAAUUUGAAAUUAAUAUCUUAAGAAUGAUUUAUUAUUAUUAUGAUUUUUGGGAAAUUGAAAAAAAAUAUUUAUACAUAAUUAAUUAAUUACAAAUAAGUGACGAGUCAGCAUAUUUAUAUAUUUUUAAUAGAAAAAUAAUAAAGAUUUUUAAAAUAAUUUUUUGCGGAAUAUUAACAAAAACUAACUUAUAUUUUGUGGUUUUAUUUAGAAGUACUCUAAUUAAAAUAUGUUCCCUGUAAAUAUUUUAUUUUUGUGUCAUUUUAUAAUAAAGUUAUAGGCCUUAAAAAAAAUCAAAAUGAGGGUCACGAAAUGUGGAGGAAAAUCCCAUAGUAAAAAAGUGCCUUUGAGGUCCCUACUAAAAAAUUCAUAACUUUUGAACCACUUGAGCUAGAAAGUUGAUCUUGGUGUUUUUGUAAUCUAUUCUCCAGGCUCUAUACAGCUGCAGUAUUUUUAUAUUUUUAAAAAUGUUUUGAAAUUUUAAUCAAAGUGCCUACAGUAUAGUCUAGUAAUUGUAUAAAUAGUCUAAAUACUAAUAAAUAGUAAUAGUAUCAACAUAAAGGAUGGUAUGAUUAUCAUUAGUUGAGUCAUAUUCAUAAGACGAGUGAGUGAACUGAAUGAUAGGCUAAAACACAGAGAACAGUAAAGCCUAACUGACUAGAUAUAUUAGGCCUAAAUUAUUUGUAUUUUUGCAAACCAGUUUCAGUUAUCAUUUUUAAGAAUCUGGUUAUGGGGAAGCUCAGUCAUUGAAGUAUUCUGCUUGUUUUCAUGAUAAAUUACUUUCAGUCAUUCUCAUUUGUAUUUUCAUAUCGCUGCAAAACAAACACUUGGUCAAAUAGAUUUAAUUUUGCCAUUAAAUGUCUAAACUGGCAACUGUGACUGUGUGUCUUUAUAAAGAAAAACCUUGCAGGAGCCAUGUAAAAAUGUGUGUCAUACUGAUCUGCUCCGUUAAUUUAAAAAAUUUUGAAAUGUUGGUAUGGCUUAUUUUUGUAAGACACACCUACACCCUGCAGAGACACACUGCUGUAGCUCAACACACACUUUGGAAAGCAUUUGUGCUAUGCUAUACUAUAACUAUAAUGAGUAAGAUAAUCGCUAUUGUGUGUCAAGUUGAAUCCUAUAAGCUUAGGCAUGUUAUGUUGAUUAACAAUAACUGAGACACAUCAUUAAAUUUUAUUUUAUGAAGUUUGAUCAUAUUGAAAGAUAUAUUUUCUUAAUAUACAAUUAAUUUUUCUAUCUCAGAUUUAACUCAAAAUUUUAAUACUGUUAUUAUUCCCAGAGAAUAUACAUCACCAUAAUGGGGAAAAUGAAGAGGAUGCGGCAAAAAUUGCACACAGCUGCUGUCAAAUCAAAAAAGGACAAAAGCACAACCAUUAAAGAUGAUGAAGAAAUGAUGGAAGACACAAGUUUAAUGCCUGUAAAUUCCAUUGCCAACUUUGACUUCGUAGCUUGUAUUGUUUUUAAAAAAAUAAUAUUUUCACUUUCUUUUAUUAAGUAUUUUAUAUUGGAAUGAAACACAAUGAUUGUUACAUCUUUUGCUAUCAAUAUAAGGUUGCAUAUUCUUACAUAUUACUUUAAUAGAAAUGUUGCAUUUCAAUAUUCUUCAUUUUGGUGUGGUUAGCUAAGCUUCAUCAAAGGAAUCUAGAAAAUGCAGAUACUAGCAUAUUUAUUGGGAAAAAUGUUUUGAACAUUAUCAAUGUUACUGGAAGAAGAUUUUUUGAUAAAUUUUAACAUUUUGUUCCUACUUUUUUUUUUUCAAAAGCCUCCACCUGCACCAUCCAUUGGGGAGAAUUUUUUUCAGAAUGUUAAUAUUCCAGCUUUGGCUCUACUAGCACAGAAGUUGCCAGAUUUUGAUGCUAGCAGUGCAGUAACUAGCAAAACAUUUAAAGGACAUAACUUGAAAAAGAAGGACAAGCAGAAAAUUCGACAUGAAGUAUGGAUGUCAAGUAUGUACAAAAAUUUCCAAAAUCAAUAUGUAGUUUUAAAGAGUAGAAAUCUAAUCAUAGUUUCUUUUUAUUUUAGUUUUUAAGGUUUAAAGCAUGGGAUCACAACCCUAGAACUAGAGGGGUUUUCGGUGGGGUUUCUGGCUUAACAAGAAACUAAAAGAAUAAAUACAAAAUCUUAAAGCAAUUAUUAUUUUCAACCAUGUCUUCAAGUAUAGAAAAUAUAUUGUAAUACUUCCUUUAGCUUCUACCCAUCUCAGUGAGAGUGGAUUUUCAUGCUUCUUGAUUUGAAAACCAGAAGGCAAAAAAAAUAAUUAAUUUAAUAUGUUGAGAGUGACAUGAGUUUAGGGUUAUGAAAACUCAACUACAAAUGUUGAAGCUUGCAUUUGAGUGACAAUAUUUAAUGUGGUAGUGCUUUAAAUUUGUCAAAAGUAAAAGUUAUUACAUUGAAAAACCUAUUUUGGGUCCAUUUUCUUUUACCCCAUUAAAAACUUUUAUAUGUGAUGUGGUCACAGGACGUCUGGCAACUUGUGUAUUAAGCAAAUUAAAAUUGAUGGGGAUCUUCUACAGCAGAAGUAGAAUAGUAAGCUUAGCUUUUUAUUAUGAUAAAAGUAUAUGUUCAACUUGGUUGGUCUAAUCAUUUCUUACGCUUUGUAGAGGUGGACAAGUUACAAACUGUGAAAAAGAAAGAAAAAGAACGUAAGAGAAAACAGAAGACACCAAUCGUUGGUGAUCUUACACCAAUAGAGGAUGCCCUGCCUACACUGGAGUUGUUGAUGAAAAAGUCUACUGGAGAAACUACAAAAAGGUAAUUGUAUAGUAAAUGAAAAGUAUGACUAAAUAGAACUAAAUUUUUUUAGUCAUCAUUUAAUAUCGCUAUUGUACGCAGUCCAUUUAUGUUUUUAUUGUUUAUGAUUAAUUCCAUGAACUUAAGUAGUUAAAAAUCAACUUGUGGAAUGUUUAUUGCCAUUUUAAACAUGGUUGAAUUAUUUAAAGCUGUCAUCCGCAGCCAAAACAGUGCAACCUAAAUAUUGAAAUAAAAAAUAAGGUUUUUUAUUUUUCUUCAUAGAGAAAAUCAAGAAAAACCCAGACCUAUUCCUCAGGAGAAGAAAAGGAAAAAGCAACUGUGAGUUUAAGUUCAUUUUGAUUAACUACAGAUAUAAAUUUAAAAAUAUGAAAAUUCCUUGUUCAUUAUCCGAAGUUCUUAGAGAACUUAAGACAGAACUUGCAAUAUAUCAUGUGUGGCUAUGUUGUAGCAUUCAUUCAGGUGACACAUCUCCGUUAUCUAAAUUUUUACUUGAAAUGUUUAGUACUAUCUUUUCAUGACCUUGAUGAAUGAAAGAUCAGUUUUAACAUUUUAUGAAUUCUGACAAAUAUUUUAAUUUAAUUUCUAGACUGGAGGAUAUCACCUUAUUCCAUAAGAUAGUUCAACAUCCACUUUUUAAAGAAAAUGCAAGUGGCACCAUUAAAGAACACCUGAAACAUAAACUGGAGAUGGAACAGGAAGAGGACAGAUUAGCUUUAAAAAAAGAGAAAAAUGAAAUGCUGAGGAAGAUGUGAACAUUAGAUGAGAACAUGAUGGAUGAAUUGAAUGUAUGAAGAUGAGCCUGGAGAGUUCUGAGAAAGAGAUUUGAUUGUGGUAACAGUAUGACUGACAAUUGUGGUGUUGAAAAACUGCAUUUAUUUUUUUUUUACAAAAUCUUUUAUUAUUUAUUGGAAGGAUAUGUUGUUGUUCAAGUACUAGUAUAUGCUUUCAAGUGGGUAAAUUUGCAUUAUUUGUUUUCUUCAUUUUUAAACUUUUAUAUAAAUGAUAAAUCUGUUGGGAAACUUAUUUGACAUUAUUUUGCAAGAAACUUAAACCUAGUUUGUACCGGUAUUAUAAUUCAUGAGAUUGAUAUAAAACUAAUUCCCUUAUUUGAUUUAUUAUCAAAGUAUUAAAAUGACCAUUCCAUCUCAAGUGCCUGGAGACAAAAACUAUUGAAAUAACUAUUAAGGUCUUGAUUAUGUGGAAACAAAACAUAGAACAUGAAACUAGCAUAGAUUAGAAAGUAAUUCUAAGACUUCCUUUCUGUUCUUCUGAGCUGUGUUUUUUCAGGGACUUGUGCCCAUUCUUUUCUUUCAUUUUUAGGUUGGAUACUUACAUGUAUUUUUAUUAUUGAAAUUUAAUUUAUUCUUAUAACUUACAUGAAUGGUUUUUUUUAGUUUUUUGUUGUACUGAUGAAGGCAUUUGCCAAAACGUUUGCCUCUGAAUUCUGUGCAACCAUAAUUAUAGCUUAACCUAUAUUGUUUCAUUUAAACAAAUUGUUUGUGUUUCAUCAAUCAUUGAAAGUAACAUUUAUUACAAACAUUGUAUUGUAGGAGUUCACGCAGUUAUGCUUGUUAUCAUUCAAUUAAAGGGGUUUACACAUUACUAUUAUAUCAAUCAUGCUUAGAAAUUUAUUAAAUUUUGAAAUACAUUGAUUCUACAACUACAUGUGUUUCUGAAAUGUAAUUGUCAUUGUCUUGAGCUCUUAGUUAAACUUAGUCAGUUAGGGUGGCAAAGAAAUAAUAUGAGCCAAUAAAUCCUUGAAUUUGUACUUUUUCUCCAAGAUUACCAACUAUAUCUUGAUGUUCCUAAUCAUCUAGUGCAAUGGUAAGUUCUAUAUUAAUCAGGCCUUAUAAAAUUUAUAGAGUAGUUUUAAGUUAGCGAUUCUCAGCUGGAAUUACAAUAAUCAUUUCAUUAAUAAUAAGGAGUAGAAAUAGAAUAGGAAAUAAAGUUUAUCUUAUUAACUAUACCAGUACCAAUCAUAUAAAACAAAGGUCAUUUUGGUUGGGGAAACUUAUAAGGCUUUUUAUUUGCUCCCUUUGGUGAUCAUUUCAUUUGUGCAAUUUCAGUUGUUUCUUUGAUGUUUUAAUUGAGACUUUAAUAUUGUAAUGUAAUAGUCUCCAAAGUGUCUUAUGAAAUAAUAGUGUCCAAAGUAAAUGUAUGUAAUAGUAUCUUAUCAAAACUCAGUAUUUUAAUUAUCAUUAC